AUGGCUGAAAAAGUCAACGGUGACGGCAAGAUUGCCCAGGUGGAGCAAGUCGUGACUGCUGCCUUGCGACCUUUGCCCACCAAGACCGGCGAUGGCAGCUAUAUUCAGACCCCAGGUGUGACCGGUCUCGCGAAGGACCUGCUUCAUUUUGAUCUGGGAGAUGCGAAAACAUUGGCUGAGGUCGCUAAGACUGCUGUGACCGGUGAGGCUGUGAACGACAGAGACUAUAUAAUGGAACGUGUGAUCCAGCUUGCUGCUGGUCUGCCUUCGACGUCGCGCAAUGGCAAGGAGUUGACCAACACCUUCCUGGGUCAAUUGUGGGGUGAUCUGGAACACCCACCCAACUCUUAUCUCGGGCGCGAUGCUUCUUAUCGGAAGGCCGAUGGAUCUGGAAAUAACUACUUUUGGCCCCAAAUUGGAGCUGCUAGCACACCAUACGCACGGUCUGUUCGACCGAAGACUAUGCAGCCAGCUGCUCUUCCAGAGCCUGAGGCUCUUUUCGAUAGCCUCCUCGCUCGGAAAGAGUUCAAGGAGCACCCUAACAAAAUUUCUAGCGUGCUUUUCUACCUUGCAUCGAUCAUCAUUCAUGACCUGUUCCAGACAGAUCCAAGAGAUCAAACAAAGUCGUUGACUUCCUCAUACCUCGAUCUGUCUCCCCUGUAUGGAAACAAUCAGAAGGAACAGGACUCAGUGAGAACAUUCAAGGCAGGAAUGUUGAAGCCCGACUGCUUUUCUACCAAGCGUGUUUUAGGUUUCCCUCCAGGCGUUGGUGUCCUUCUUAUCAUGUUUAACCGUUUCCACAAUUCUGUUGCCACGAAGUUGGCAGCUAUCAAUGAAUGCGGUCGUUUCACAAAGCCGGACGAGGCCAACACUGAAGCAUAUGCCACCUGGGAUAACGACCUCUUCCAGACCGCGCGACUUGUCACAUGUGGUCUUUACGUCAAUAUUAUUCUGAAGGAUUAUGUUCGGACCAUUUUGAAUGUCAACCGGACUGACAGCACGUGGAGCUUGGACCCGCGUUCAGACAUCAAGGACAGCUUGCUUGGAGAGGCUCCUGCGCAGGCUACUGGAAACCAGGUGUCAGCCGAGUUCAAUCUCGUUUACCGCUGGCACUCAUGUAUCUCCGCCCGAGAUGCGCAAUGGUCAGAGGACCUCUACCAGGAGUUGUUUGCCGGACAAGAUUCAAAACAAAUCACUCUCCAGCAGUUCACCCGAGGCCUCGGCCAGUGGGAAGCAAAACUCCCAGCAGAUCCUCAAGAGCGUCCUUUCGCCAAGUUGCAACGAACCGCAGAUGGAAAGUUCGAUGACAACGAUCUUGUCAAAAUCUUCCAGGAGAGUGUCGAAGACCCUGCUGGUGCCUUUGGUGCUGGCAAUGUGCCUGACGUGUUCAGGAAUAUCGAAGUCCUUGGCAUCAAGCAGGCACGCUCAUGGAAUCUGGCUACCCUGAACGAGUUCCGCCAAUACUUCAACCUGGCUCCUUACCAGACCUUUGAGGAGAUCAACCCUGACCCAUACAUCGCUGAUCAGCUGAAACACUUCUACGAUCACCCUGACCUCGUCGAGCUUUACCCCGGCCUUGUUGUUGAAGAGGCCAAACAGCCAAUGACCCCUGGCAGUGGUCUUUGCACCAACUUCACAACUUCCAGGGCGAUUCUCUCAGACGCAGUCGCUUUGGUUCGUGGAGAUCGCUUCUACACUGUUGACUUCACUCCGAAGCAUCUCACAAACUGGGCAUUCAACGAGAUCAACAACGAUGUUUCCAUUGACGGUGGCCAAGUGUUCUACAAGCUCGCUCUCAAUGCUUUCCCUAAUCAUUUCCGUGGCGACUCGGUCUACGCCCACUUGCCCAUGGUUGUGCCCGAUGAGAACAAGAAGAUCAUGACUAGCCUUGGUCAGGCUAAAACUUACAGUUUCGACCGUCCCUUCUACAAGACCCCUACUAUUUUUAUCAACUCCCACACUGCUUGCUCAGCCAUCCUCAAAGACCAAGUCAACUUCAAGGUGCUAUGGGGUGAGAAGAUUCAGUUCUUGAUGGAGAACAGUGGACGUCCCUAUGGCCGAGACUUUGCCCUGUCGGGAGACCUCCCUGCCAACGCAGGUUCUCGAAAGAUGAUUGGUGCAGCUCUGCACCGAGACAAAUGGGAGUCUGAAGUGAAAGCCUUCUAUGAAGACAUUACUAUCAAACUGCUGGAGCGAAACUCUUACAAGAUUGCUGGUGUCAAUCAGGUCGACAUCGUUCGCGAUAUUGCCAACCUUGCCCAAGUUCACUUCUGCGCAAAUGUCUUUUCCCUUUCGCUGAAGACAGAGUCGAACCCCAGGGGUGUUUUCAGCGAGCAGGAACUAUACCAGAUUCUGGCUGUGAUCUUCGCCUGCAUCUUUUACGAUGUUGACGUGUCCAAGUCCUUCCAGCUAUGCCAGACAGCUCGCAAGGUUGCACAGUCGCUGGGCGAGCUUACUUUGGCUAACGUUGAACUUGUCUCCAAGUCUGGCUUUAUCGCCAACAUCGUGAACCGUCUUCACCGUCAUGACAUUCUGAGUGACUAUGGUGUCCACAUGAUUCAGCGCUUGCUCGAUAGUGGAUUGCCGGUCAAGGAUGUUGUUUGGUCUCAUAUCCUCCCCACGGCUGGCGCAUUGGUUGCCAACCAGGCCCAACUCUUCUCUCAGUGUCUUGACUAUUAUCUUUCAGAAGAGGCAGCGGAGCAUCUGCUUGAAAUUCAGCGCUUGUCUAGGGAAGAUACUCCCGAGGCGGACGAGCUCCUAGUGCGAUACUUCAUGGAGGGAGCAAGACUCCGAUGCUCAGUCGCUCUGCCCCGCUUCGUCACUAAGCCAACAGUGAUUGAAGAUAAUGGCGAGAAGGUCACUUUGAAGGCUGGCCAAGAGAUUAUCUGCAACUUGGUUGUCGCAGGACGGGAUCCAGUUGCGUUCCCUGACCCUGAUAAGGUCCGUCUCGACCGUGAUAUGGACCUAUACACCCACUUUGGCUUCGGUCCCCAUCAAUGUCUGGGUGUCAAAAUGUGUCCCAUCGCCCUCUCAACUAUGCUCAAGGUCAUUGGACGACUUGAUAAUGUCCGCCGGGCCCCUGGUCCUCAGGGCCAUCUGAAGAAGCUGGUUGGGCUCGGAGGCAUCGCGAUGUAUAUGGAUGCCAACCACGCCAGCUUCUCUCCGUUCCCGAUGACGAUGAAGAUCCAAUGGGAUGGUGAGCUUCCAGCCAGAAGGGGGAACUGA